AAGAAGUUGACCAAGCAUCUUGUGGGUGAGCUACCUGCCUCUUUCACACACUCAACGGCGUUGAAUUUUUUAAUAAAAUCAUGCACCUUUGAUGCCUUUGAGCCUUAACCAUGUACCCCAUGCAAUUCUAAUUGACACCCCUUAUAUAUAUAAAGAAUAGUGAGUUACAACCAAAUAAAAAACAUAGAAGAAGGAAAAACAAAACAAAAACCAACACAGAAAUAUUCCACGUCUUCCCUUUUUGCCUCAAAGAAUUGAAAGACUGGUAGAGACAAUUCACAGCUUGUGAAAGAAAGACAAACAAUUCUUAUACUUGAUACUUCCCUCCAUUAUUCUAUAGUCAUAACCUCUUCUCAAAUUUAACAUUUUGAAAAAAAGAAUAGAGAAAUGGGUCGCAUUCCAUGCUGUGAGAAGGACAAUGUGAAGAGAGGUCAGUGGACACCUGAGGAAGACAACAAGCUCUCCUCUUACAUUGCUCAACAUGGCACCCGCAACUGGCGCCUCAUUCCAAAGAAUGCUGGUCUUCAGAGAUGUGGAAAGAGCUGCAGGCUAAGGUGGACUAAUUACCUUCGCCCUGAUCUGAAACAUGGCCAUUUCUCGGAUGGAGAAGAGCAAACAAUUGUGAAGCUUCAUUCAGUUUUUGGUAACAGAUGGUCUCUGAUAGCAGCGCAGCUGCCAGGACGCACCGACAAUGAUGUCAAAAAUCAUUGGAACACCAAGCUGAAAAAGAAACUGUCAGGCAUGGGUAUAGACCCUGUCACUCACAAGCCAUUCUCCCAUUUAAUGGCUGAAAUUGCUACAACAUUGGCACCGCCACAGGCAGCUCACCUAGCUGAAGCAGCCCUUGGUUGUUUCAAAGAUGAGGUGCUCCACCUUCUUACCAGGAAGCCAAUUAACUACCAGGGCCAACAUUCUAAUGAAGCUCUGGGGAAUAACAUCACCAAUUACUUUAACUGUAAGCCAGAAGAAAAAGAAGAUGCUGUUGAGAAGAUUAAGUUUGACCUAUCUAAGGCCAUACAACAAGAACACGAAAUGGUACCCACAAAUAAACCUUGGGACACAACUGCAGCAACAUCUGCAAGUUUUGCAAUGCCAUACAAUGUUUACCCUACAAUGUCUGGGUUUCAAUUCAGCCCAUCAUGUUUUGGCAAUAAAGGGGAUGCAUCACCAUGGAGCCAAAGUUUAUGUACGGGAAGCACAUGCACGGCCAUGGAUCAGCAAAGCCAGUUUCAUGAAAAACUUGAAGAGGAAAAUGGCGAUGAUUCUGAGGCAACAAAAGAAAUUAGAAAUCUAUCCAAUAUAUUCAACUCAGACUGUGUCGUGUGGGAUUUACCAGCCGAUGAUUUAAUGAACCCUAUGGUAUAAGAAAUAUUAUAUUA